UCUUCUAGUCUGUUCUCUGGGGAGGCAGUAAGGGGCCGUGGAGCUGGCCUCGGCCUCGGCAUCGGGAGAGGCUGGACUUCCUGUCUCUCUGUGCUGAAUGGCUGCGAUGGCGCCCGCUCUCACUGACGCAGCAGCAGAAGCACACCAUAUCCGGUUCAAACUGGCUCCCCCGUCCUCUACCUUGUCCCCUGGCAGUGCCGAAAAUAACGGCAACGCCAACAUCCUUAUUGCUGCCAACGGAACCAAAAGAAAAGCCAUUGCUGCAGAGGAUCCCAGCCUAGAUUUCCGAAAUAAUUCUACCAAGGAAGACUUGGGAAAGCUGCAACCACUGGUGGCAUCUUAUCUCUGCUCUGAUGUAACAUCUGUUCCCUCAAAGGAGUCUUUGAAGUUGCAAGGGGUCUUCAGCAAGCAGACAGUCCUUAAAUCUCAUCCUCUCUUAUCUCAGUCCUAUGAACUCCGAGCUGAGCUGUUGGGGAGACAGCCAGUUUUGGAGUUUUCCUUAGAAAAUCUUAGAACCAUGAAUACGAGUGGUCAAACAGCUCUGCCACAAGCACCUGUAAAUGGGUUGGCUAAGAAAUUGACUAAAAGUUCAACACAUUCUGAUCAUGACAAUUCCACUUCCCUCAAUGGGGGAAAACGGGCUCUCACUUCAUCUGCUUUUCAUGGGGGUGAAGUGGGAGGAUCUGAAUCUGGGGACUUGAAGGGGGGUAUGACCAAUUGCACUCUUCCACAUAGAAGCCUUGAUGUAGAACACACAACUUUAUAUAGCAAUAAUAGCACUGCAAACAAAUCUUCUGUCAAUUCCAUGGAACAGCCGGCACUUCAAGGAAGCAGUAGGUUAUCACCUGGUACAGACUCCAGCUCUAACUUGGGGGGUGUCAAAUUAGAGGGUAAAAAGUCUCCCCUGUCUUCCAUUCUCUUCAGUGCUUUAGAUUCUGACACAAGGAUAACAGCUUUACUGCGGCGACAGGCUGACAUUGAGAGCCGUGCCCGCAGAUUACAAAAGCACUUACAGGUUGUGCAAGCCAAGCAGGUUGAGAGGCAUAUACAACAUCAACUGGGUGGAUUUUUGGAGAAGACUUUGAGCAAACUGCCAAACUUGGAAUCCUUGAGACCACGGAGCCAGUUGAU